AAGAAACCCGCCAAACAUAUCUUGCAUCGUAGAAGAAGACGCUUUCGUCCAAUCACACGCAGCCACUGGCGCGAACCGGAAAUUUAAUUUGACAAACGCGUUUGGAAAACUGCUAAAAGGAUGUCCUCUAACACCAGUGUUACUCGAGUUCUUGUGUCAUCUGUGGGCGAGGCACAGCGAGUCCCAGUCCACCUCAUGCCCUGUGAGAUCGAACACAAUGGGCCGGCCCAGGUGUCACAAUACCUCACUGCUACCACAAAAGACUGCAAACUAGAGAAGACGGUGUCAUUCAGAGGGCGUGGGUUGAAGGGGCAGGAGCUCAGCUGUCCAAAUGGCUACACUGGCUUGGUGCUGAAAGAGAUCAACAAGUCCGGCUCUGACCAAGAGGACAGGACGGUGAAGGUAUCCUCUGUGUUUGACAAGCUGACCUACUGGAACCUGGAGACGCCUCCGAACUCUGACGAUACAGUUGUAAUGGCGAUGGAUUGGCCAGAGUUGGCUGAGGCGAUCCACGGACCAGUAGAAGACUGAACAGAGAGACAAAGCUUUGUGCCUAGAGGUGGCAGGUUGGUGUCACCUCUGUGAAUGUUUGUUGAUUACUGGCCACAGGCAGUGAAGGUAAUGCUACGGGUUCAGUGCUAUUCAGUUACUAUUGCAGAAUAAUAAGUAACAGAUGUUUUUAUUUUUGUAUAUUUUCUUUUGCAGUCAAAUAAAGAAAACUAAAAGAUAGUGUUUACUGAC